AUGGCAGAAGUGACCUAUUUGACCCACAAAGGGAUCUUAUUCAAUGCUAUAUAUCACUCAGUAGAAAACUUCAUCUUUUUGGAAAAUGAAUUCCAGCUAUUGGAUGACGAUGUAGUGAGUGUGGUUUACCCUAAAUCAGGCACCCAUUGGAUGGCAGAGAUCUUGAGCUUGAUCCGUCAUGAUGGGGACCCCACAUGGACAAACAGUGUGAAGCUUGUGGACCGAGUACCCUGGAUUGAGACUCUUGAAGGCAUGGAGUGUGCCCUAAAAUAUCCACCUCCCAGGCUCAUGUCUACUCAUUUGCCAUUCCAGCUUUUCCCGAAGUCAUUUCUCCACUCUAAGGCCAAGAUUAUCUACACUGCACGGAACCCCAAGGAUGUGCUGGUUUCAUUGUACCACUUUGCCAAAGCCAUGAAGGGAGUUAAGCAUCCUGGAUCUCUGGAAGAAUUCCUGGAGACAUUUCUGAAUGGGACUGUGAUCUUUGGGUCUUGGUUUGACCAUAUGAAAGGCUGGCUGGAGAUGAGAAACAGAGCCAACUUCUUCUUCAUCACCUAUGAAGAGCUGCAGAAGGACCUGCGAAGCAGUGUGGGGAGGAUCUGCCGCUUCCUUGGUAAGGAGCUGAACAGCCAGCAAAUUGACUCGGUGGUGGAAAACGCCUCCUUCCAGAAGAUGAAGGGCAACAAGCAGUCUAACGGUGCCCAGAUACCUGAGAUGAUUAUGGACCACACCAAAGGGAAGCUUAUGAGAAAAGGAAUUUGCGGGGACUGGAAGACCCACUUGACGGUGGCAAAGAGCGAACAUUUUGACCACGUUUACCAGGAGAACAUGCGGGGUGUGAAGGUCACCUUUCCAUGGGACUGAAGAAUGCCAGAUGAUCCCCCUUGCUUUUCUGUAGCCUCAGACUCGGUACCAUCUGGAGCACAUUCAUUCCACCAAGAAGCCAUACUCUGUUAGGAUGGAUCCAGACAUGCUGAUUUUGGCACGGAGCUCCCUGUGGGAAACGUGAUACAUGUGCCAUCUUCUCUCCCACAUGGGGCUGAGGGAACAACUUCCGCCCGUUUCGGAUUAGGGUCGUGCACAGCAUCGGUUGCCUUGUGUGUAAGAACAUAGGAAGCUGCCUUAUCCUGAGUCAGACCAUUGGUCCAUCGAACUCAGUACUGCCUACACUGACUGCCUGACACAAGGUUCAGAAGGUUCCAGGUUCCCUCCCUGGCAGCAUGUCCAAGAGAAGACUGAGAGAGACUCCUGCCUGCAACCUUGCAGAAGCUGCUUCCAGUCUGUGAAGACAUUGCUGAGCUAGAUGGACCAAUGGUCUGACUCGGUAGAAGGCAGUUUCCUAUGUCCCUAGAAAGAAACUUAAGGUAGACACCAGCAGCCGCCACUGGAGGGAUUUUCUGACCCUGCUAAAUAUAAGAGAAUCACCACUUAGCAUCUCCCUCACCAUCUUUUAACACAGCACCUACGAACCACAAAAGGAAACAAGGUGCUGACAUUGAAAGAAAAGGGAAGAGACCAAAACCAAUAGGGAGGUCAAACCAAAUAUAUAUCAAACAUGUAUAUUCAAAGGAAAAAAGAAGAAAUAUGUAUGAAAAGGGAUAAUUCACAGGAUACAAAUGAAUCAGGCAUUCAACUAAAAGUUGCAAAUGACUUCACACCAUUCUAUUGCAAGUCAAAAGGGGAGAAAAAAGAAUGAUCUUGUACAUGGAUGUAAUCUGUGGCAUUGAAGGUAGCCGUAGACUUCAAAACUAGUCAGUAAUAAAUUCUUUGAAACAA